CGUAAGUGUAAACGCGGUGUAAGUAAGGGAAACGACUGCAAACAAUUUUUCUUCUAUUUUUUAUUGCCGAAGUUUCUAACUCAAUAAUUCAAGACUGCUGUAACCAAAAUUGAUAUGUCAUUGGCCAUGGCACUAAGGAGUAAACUUGCCUAUCGUACUUUAGUUUGUCAUCAGCAUGACCUGGCUUCAAGCAAAAUAAGCUUUUUCCAUCUUUAUGGAACACCAACACCAGCUUAUAAAUUUGUUUUGUCAUCAAAAACUUUUCGGCAUUGUUCUAUUAUUUGUAGAAAAUUUACUACUUUUGUAUGUUACUAUUCAUCCAAAAAGGAAAACCCCUCUAUGACUAUUAAUCCAGACAUAAAAAAACAAGAUAACUUUAUAGAAAAAUCGUAUAUAAAAUUGUUAAAUUUAAUUCAGCCUCCUGCGGUCUUUUCAAAAUCUGUGCCAAUCAAAACUCACCAUAAGGAUGUGUUAUUAAAUUCUGUUAUUAACGUAGACCUAACAGCUUUAGAAAACCCCUCAGAUAGCAAAAGUACUGAAGAAACCACAUUUAUUUCUGAAAAUUCUAAAAGUGAAUACAAUAACAUAACCAGCAACUUAAAUGAAACAGCUACAGAUAAUUGUAUGACAACAACAGUGUCUGUUUCACACAGCAUAAAUCACAGCAAAAUCAAGUAUCCUCUAAGGGUGCCAUGUAAAAGCAAACCUGUUAAAACAGAGCUGUUUGAAGAUAUGCAGAACUUUUUGACUUGCCUAGGUAUUCCUUGUGAAGAGCUAGAAUUCUAUCCAGAUAUUCAGCGAAUGUCUAACAAUGACAUUUUAGAUUGUUUGACAGUGUUAAAAAAUGUUGGGAUUCACAAAGUUUUUAGUUUGUUUCUGAUUAACAGUGCACAUCAAUUAAUUAAAGCUUCAAAUAGUUCAAGCAGUCAAGUUCGAAACAUGAAGAAAAUUAUUAGCAUCAGACAAGUUAAAACUUAUCUUAAACUCUGUCAAGCACUGCAGAAACCUGACCUAGACAUAAGGAGUUUUCUUUGCCAGCUAGCAGAAGUUGGAAUUUAUGAUGACAUGAACACAGUUUUAAAUAAGGUACAGAAACUGCAGUCCAUUGGAGCAACAGCUCAUGAUAUCUUGUCCAACCUUGGAAUUUUACAAGGUCAUGAAUUCUUCGACAGCAAGAUAAAUGUGUACAAAAGUACCAGGAACUACUCUGCUGGACCAUUUCCUGUCAGCUUGUUCUUAACACCAAAUCUAAAUUCUUUUAAAGCUAAGCUUGGGCUUAACAUAGUAACAGAAGAAAUAGCCACACUAUUAGGAGUAGAUUUAGCAGUCUACCAGGAAUGCUUUGGUCACUGCGAAUUUAAAAUCAAUGAUUUAAAAUAUAAAAUCAGAAUGUGUCUUACUGCUGGUAUUUCACAGCAAGAAAUUUUCAAUAACCUUCGAAUUCUUAACAGAUUACCAAUGCAAAAAUGCUAUGAUGUCUCUUCAUGUUUUCGAUCAACUGGUCUUCCGGCUUCUGUUACUGUAAUGUCUGACAUUAAACAUACAAUGGAACAAAAUUGUAGUAAGGAAAAUAGAAAAAUCUAUUGCGAUAAUGAGUCCAUUUGUGAAGAAACAGGAAACGAAAAUGUAAGUUCACCCAAUAGCAAAGGCGGCAAAAAGAAAGCAAAAGUGAUUAUGAGUUCCAAAAGGCGACGGAAAGACUUAUUUUAUUUUAUACGUCACCUGUUGAAGUUAGAUGGUGAUGUAGUUACUACGAUGUUUGAGUGCUCUAUUGACGUCAGCUCAAUUGAAUUACCCGAUGUAUCAAAAAAUUUAGAAUAUUUAUUGUCAUUAGGUUUCACAAAAUCACACAUAUCUGCCUGCCCUCUGAUUCUGGCAAACAAUCAAGAAAGUCUUAUUCGUGUGACAAAAAAAGCCAAUCAGCUUGUGUCAACACAGCUACAUUCACCUUUAUCAUCUGUUUCUGCUACACUGGUAGGUAAUCAGCUUGCAACAAUAGAUCUACCCAUUUUUAAAUCAUAUGCAGUAUAUGAAAAACAGAAUGAUUUAACUAUGAAGAAUUUAUUUUCAUGUCCAAUCAAACAUCUUCACACCCUGCAGUAUUUAUUAGAAAAAGAAAACAGUUUUAGCUUAAGGUCAUCUGAAUCUCAAGUGCUCUCUACCAGUUACAAAAUGCAAUAGUUAUAAUUUUACAACUUAUGGGUUAUAAUUUUUGUAUAUUGCACAAUGUAUAAUAUGUGAAAUGUGUUAAUGGUGAAAUCACAUUGUAUAUCCAGUUGUACUGAAAGUAGUUUCAAUUAUUUAUGUAAUGAUUUUAUACAUUUAAAAAAAAAAUGAAUAAUAAAAAUUCACUUUCUUU